AAUCCCACGGUACAGCGCGUGCAACAACAUGCAAUGUGCAUUUGUGUGAUCGUGUUGUACAAUUUGAAGUAGUGUGUGGUACUGAAACGAACCCUGAAAACUACUGGUAGGGUUGUUUUUCUCAUCAUAGCUGAACAGUUUUACAUUUCAAGGGACAUCUGUUUUUCCAACAGUGUAGUGGUGACGUCCGAGCAGAGCAGGCAGAAUGCCGACCAGAGCGGAACAAAUUAUGGGCGGUUUCAAGUUAAAUUGGAUGAAUUUAAGAGACGCUGAAUCAGGGAAGAUCCUAUGGCAAGGCAGUGAAGAUCUAUCUCAACCAGAGAAAGAGCAUGAGGCCAGGGUGCCCAAGAAAAUACUUAAAUGCAAAGCCGUCUCCCGGGAAAUCAACUUCUCCUCGCAAGAGAAGAUGGAAAAGUUCCGACUGGAACAGCGGGUGCUCUUCAAAGGAAAAUGCCUUGAGGAGUGGUACUUUGACUUUGGCUUUGUUAUACCCAACUCAACCAACACGUGGCAAUCAUUGAUUGAGGCAGCUCCAGAAAGCCAAAUGAUGCCGGCAAAUGUACUCAGUGGGAGUGUUAUCAUAGAAACCAAAUUCUACGACGAUGAUCUUCUUGUAAGUACAUCAAAAGCUCGGCUGUAUUAUGUUUAAGAUUGGGCAUAUAACCCCAUUACAUAAUUAUAUAUUUGGACGUCAGAUUUUGUUUUUACUAUUUUUCUGAGAAUGUUUCUGAAAAAAGAAGCACUGUAAUUGUUACAUAUGUACAUGAUAAAUGUAUGCUGAUCAGGAUAAGUUAAUCAAGACUAGCCCUGUGGUAUGCAAGUGACCUUGAGAUACAUACAUGUAUAACUGGAAAACUAAGAUAUAUACUUUUCAAACUGCAAAGAACCCCCAUGGUAGGUUAGAUAUUUUAAAAAAAGAUAUUACUUGGAAAAGACAUUUCUUGUGUACCGGUAUAUGGUCUUUAUCAAUACAGGUGUUAAUUUACCUCAUAUGCAAAUGCUGCUGCAUAUGCAAAAUAGCCUGCUUCAUUCAUGCAAAUGGUUUGGAUCAUUUGCAUUUGUUCCAUACUGGAGGGUUUCAUAUUUCAUACAUUUGCAUGUACAGUAUCCGUACAUUGUGAUUAAGAAGCAUGUAUUGGUUAUUUUUCAUAAUUCUACAUAUUGACUAAUUCUUAGUUUUAAAUUAGAAGCCACUGCUGAGGUGGAGCCAGGCUCAUACAGGUUGUAGGAGAACACUCAAUACUCCUUUGACCAAUAGAAAUACCAUGGUGCAUUCUCGCCUGGACUUUAAGAGCGCUUGCAACAUGCGCCCAAGCAUGAUUCCACCACCAAAAUGGAGCGUGGUUCCACCACCUGUAUGACUUCUAAUUACGUUCGCCAGAUUAGUCUAUACUCAAACAGGACAUUGUAAACAUUUGGAGAAAGUUGCUGCUGAGAGGAAUUGAGGUCAACGUUACCUAGCAAUGAGUAGUGUCCUUUGUAUUUGAUGAUUAGUGAUGUUUAGUUUCAGAAGAGAAGCACUCUCAUACUUUCAACAUUCCAUGAUGAUUUUUUCCCUAUCAUUCAUUCGGGAAGGCAGUAAUUUGGGAGCAUCCAUUUUAAUGACAAAAGAAAUAAAAUACCGUCCUUUAUAUGAAUACAAAGUUGCAUGUAAAUAUCUACCUACUGAAACAAAUGUAUUCAUUUUAAUUGUCAUUUUGCAUUGCAAAUGUGCAUUCGAUUAAAGUACAUGUAAUUGUUUGAUUUGUUUUUAAACUGAUAUGGUUUUGUUGCUAAGACAGUAAAAUAAAGUAGAAAUGAGUUUUAAGAAUUUUAUGAAGGAAAGGGUUUAGAUGAAACAAUAUAAAUGUAUCAUCUGUUAAUCUCCAGAUCAAGUUUCUUCAUUAUGUUAACUAUUUUUGAACAAUAUGUACAUGUACACAUACCGUAUCUGUGUUCAAAUGACUGUUGUCGAGCCUGUGUGGAAAUGUCAACCUGACACCUGGUUUGGAGCUUGAUUGCGUUUUCCUAGUUUGACAAUCAUGACAAUAUACUUGGCUGUUGGUAAACGGUGAAGCAACCAAGACUUGUUGACUGUUUGUGCAAAAACCAAAGUUGUCAUAUCGUUGUCAACGGGACAAAGUUUGGGGUGAAUUUAUGUAGUCUUUGAUCAAACUUGAUCUGUUUGCAAUGAUCUGCCCAGUAUUGUGUUAGUAGGUAUUUAGUUAUGUCAGGAAACAACCCGAACGUGGAAUGCUUAAAGGGACACUGGGUCCUGGAACAGCCCAAUUGGGCUACAAAAGAGCUUUGAACGAAACAAUGUUAAUCUGAAAGAACCUUUAAAAGUAGGAUAUACACAUCCACACAACUAUCCUUUCAAAAAUGGCCGUUUUUGUGUUAUUCCUGUAUUAUGCGUGCGUGAACGAAUUUCGGGGUCCACUUUUGCGACCCCAAAAAUUCAAGCUGUUUUGAUGCUAGUUGUGAUUUCUUCUGUAAAGUGAUUCGCCUUUUGCAGACGUGAAAGAAACCAUAUUUUGUGCGUUGGUGAUUGGUCACCGCACGCUGUUCACGAGCAUUGUGCUGUGAAAACGACAGGAAAAGCGUAUUCGUACUCUGUCGUGUCCGAUGUGAACAACUGAGGUUUUUUGUCUUUUCUCGGGAAUGGCAAGACAUAAGGUUGGUUUCCUUUGAACCAGAUGUUUGAAAUAGGAUAAGUAGACGAUCCAAAAUGUGAAAUUUUCGGGGAUUUCAGGACCUAGUGCCCCUUUAAUUCAAAAAAUGAUGCUAUUUCUUCGAUUUUCUGGUGUUUUUUGUAGUUUUCUUUCAAGGUUAAUCAGUUUCACAAUGUAAUGUUCGUUUGCAAGGAGCAACUGCACGCAAAUUUUAAGUAACUAUCACAGAACUAUUUAUAGGCUUGAUUAAAUGACCAAAAACAGAACCCUAUUUUUUCAAUUCUUUAUCAGUCUCGAAGGUUGAUAAAGCUUUAAAUAAUUGUUCAUGCUGUAAAUGUUCAAGUGAAAUUGAGGAUUUUUUAUGUGUAAUUACUAUACAUCCUUGUCUCAUUACAGGAAAUCCUUCUGUACACGUGCACAUUGUCAUUGUGACUUUGAAAACAAUUUUUUUUUUUUUGCAAAUAAGUGAAUACGACGUUUGGCUGUUUCACUUAUCAUAAGUGCCUGUAAAAAGAAAGAAAUAAAAUACAACUUUGAUUCAACUAAAGAAGCCUGUCAACAUGUAGCAGUGGACAAAAGUUGCUAGAACUUGAGUUGACUGCUUGUGCUUAUCCAGCUGAAAUUUAGUGGGAAGUUGGUGUAAUUUGUGUGUAUGCUACAUGUACAUGUAGACAAUAUUGACAGAGCAAAUGGGUUUUAAUUUGACUUUCAGUAAUAUGUACCAAAUUUGAAUGGCAGUGGCAUAACUAAUGGGGAUUACAUUUUCUUUGGUUAUGUGAUCUGUGAGAAGACCUUGUUGAGAAAUAUUCAUAUCUUAGUUCUUUUUUUACUGCAAGCCAGGGCUGUCUAUUUUAGAAUGAUUUAGUACUCGGCAUUUGACCGAAUAUUCGGAUAUUGGAAACUGCCAACUGCAAAUGGGUGCCGUGCUGAUCAAAAGUUGCACGCAGAGGGCGCCAGUUGGAAUUUGUAUGUGGCAAUUGAUAUGGGCUGCUGGAGUGUGUUGCAGUAAGUAGGCCUAUUUUAUAACUGUCUAAGCCAAGGGCUUUAAUUGUCUAAAGGGAUGGGAAGUGGGACCAUGAACCGCCGUCGACAAGAAAAUGGCACUUGACAAUAAAGCGCCACAACUUCACAAAAAAAUAACAUCCAAGUUGUGUGUGUGCGUGCAUAGUUUUUUUGUUUUUGAAUACUCAUGCCAGCAAAAAGCUAUUUGAAUAUUGGGUUGAUCAAAUAUUGGGUAUAUAUUCAGGGCAGCCCUACUGCAAGCAUGGUGGCGGAAUAUGACCUCUUUCCAGACUUCGUAAAAUGACUUUUGCUUUUCAACAACCUUUAGACUUUUAAUUGGCUGUGUAGAAACUAGACAUAUUCUGUUUGUCUAACAUCUUGAUGGUGCGAUGUGUCUUCUCAGAUCACAUUAGACAUCAUUGUAAUUGUAGGCCUCUGUGUCAAUGUAUACAAUGUGCAUCAAUUCAUGCAAGUCAUUACAGUUCUAAAAUUCAUCCUAAUUCUGGGCAACCUAUUGAGUGUUAUGCAAGUCUUGUCGUGAAUAUAGUGUGAAUCUGUUCAUAAACAAUCCUUCCUCUGCAAAAAGUUGUGACAAAGUGUUAAAGGAAAAACCACAAUUAUCUAAAUUAACUUUACUUUUUUUAACACCUUCAUCUAUAUUUGUAUUCAAUCUUUAUAUAUGUUUUGCACAGUGUUAACUUAAACUGAUCUGUAAGAUACCUUGAUUAAAAAUGUGUGUGUAUUCGUUUCAAGUUCAGUUAUUAGUGUUUCCUUGCAAGCUGUUCAAUUGACUAUUAACAUGGAAAUUAACUUGUAUUGCUUUGACGGAAGAAUAAGAUUAUUUCAUUCACUUUAAUAAGAUGAACUCUGUUGUGCAUUGAUGGGCUGUGCAUGUGGUAUAUAUAAUCAUUUUGUAAAAAAAUAAGUCAGACACUUGAUAACAAUAGCAAUGAAUAUUUGUAUACAGUGAACAAUGUUUUCCCAGGUACUGUUUUAUUGAACACUUUUUGUGUACUGUAAUCUCAGCAAUUGAUAGCUAGAUCUGUGAAAUUCUUCAAAGGAGUUGAAAAAUAAGGUCACCUGUAAAUGGAAAAAAUGAGAAAAUUGUUGUUCAUCUUUAAAUCACCUAGACGAUCCAUGCUGCCUGUGUUUGACCCUCUUAACUCCCCCCUUUAUCUCAUGGAUCUAUUCUUGAGAUAAUGUUUACAAGUUGCUUUAUAUUUGGUUAUGUAUCUUUAGAUCGAGACCUCUGCAGUUACGGUAGCCCCCAAGUCACAUCAAAUCAUUUGCUUUUCAUGAAAACAAAUUUUCUCUUAAUUAGGGACAAGUUUUUCACUUUUUUAAUUAGAAACAAAUGUGAUUGUAAUCCAGACUGUGUAUAUAUGUGUACCGGUAUUUGAUUAUGUUGUGCUGUAGGCCCGAUAUAACAUUCAUCAACACAUACAUCCACAGCUUACUAGUGUAGCAACAAAAAUCUAUCACAAUACACAAUUGUGUUCUGUCAAAGCUUAAGAUGUUGUCGGGUGUUGGUCACUGUCAGCACCCAUGUUUAAGUCUUGAGAAAAUAAUAAACAUAUUUUGUAAACUUGUA